CGACAGCUGCCCCGGAGCCUGGACUUUCUCCCACACGAGAAAACGUUUCGGCGUGGUUUGAACGAUCACUAACCUUCGAACCUGGGAUAAAAGGAAAACUAUAUUUCUUGCUGAGCAAGAUCACAACUGAGAGACCCCAAAGUGGUGGCAUCUCUCGUCCAUCAGAAUGUCAAGAUGGCACGCCUACUCCUCCCCACAGGCAGUGAUGUGUUCCGCCCCUUUACUUUGGAGUCACUCGCCGAGAUUGAGCGGCGAAUGGCAGAAGAAGCCGUCGAACAGGAGCAGAUGAAGGCCCAAAAUAUUGAGGUCGAUGAGGAGGACCUGCCCAAACCCAACAGUGAUUUGGAGGCGGGAAAAGCCCUACCAUUCAUCUAUGGAGACCCUCCAUCAGAGCUCCUCAACGUACCUCUUGAAGAGUUGGAUCCAUUCUACAAAGCACAAAAAACGUUCAUCGUGAUCACCAGAGGGAAUACAAUAUAUCGAUUCAAUGCUGAACCUGCCUGCUACAUUCUAAGUCCCUUCAGCCGUGUUCGACGAGUAGCCAUAAGAAUACUCAUACAUUCAUUGUUUAGCAUGUUCAUCAUGGUAACCAUCUUGUCAAACUGCGUGUUCAUGACUAUGGGUGACCCUCCAGCCUGGAGCAAAACAGUAGAGUAUGUUUUCACUGGCAUUUACACCUUUGAGGCAUUGGUAAAAGUGCUGUCCAGAGGCUUCUGCAUUGGAGAUUUCACAUUCCUUCGAGAUCCAUGGAACUGGCUCGAUUUCAUGGUCAUCAGCAUGGCGUACCUUACAGAGUUUGUGGACUUGGGCAAUGUAUCAGCUCUGAGGACUUUCCGUGUUCUCCGUGCCCUGAAAACAAUUACUGUAAUACCAGGUCUAAAAACCAUUGUUGGGGCUCUGAUCCAGUCAGUGAAGAAAUUGGCAGAUGUCAUGAUCCUCACAGUCUUCUGUCUGAGUGUGUUUGCUCUCAUUGGCCUACAACUGUUCAUGGGAAAUUUGCGUCAAAAAUGUGUCCUCUGGCCUCCGAUUGGCUGGAACAACACAGAAGAUCUGACCAUGAACUUUAAUCAAACAGACUUCAAUGACACUGAAGCUACCAACAGUACAUUCAACUACCAGGAAUAUAUUAAUAAUGGAGAGCACUACUACUUUCUACCUGGUCAUCUAGAUCCAUUACUUUGUGGGAACAGCUCUGAUGCAGGGAUGUGCCCCGAGGGGUAUAUAUGCCUGAAAACAGGCCCAAACCCAAAUUACGGCUACACAAGUUACGACAACUUUGCAUGGGCUUUCUUAGCUCUUUUUCGGCUUAUGACUCAAGACUUCUGGGAGAACUUGUUUCAGUUGACCCUCCGUGCAGCAGGGAAGACCUACAUGAUCUUCUUUGUAGUCAUCAUCUUCUUGGGCUCUUUCUACCUGAUCAAUCUGAUUCUGGCUGUUGUGGCAAUGGCGUAUGCAGAGCAGAAUGAAGCCACCAUAGCAGAAGCUAAAGAAAAGGAGGAAGAGUAUGCAAGAAUUAUGGAACAGCUCAAGAAACAAGCUGAGCAGAAGAGUGGGAUGGUAAAUGGCAGUAAGACAUCACUGUCCAGUAAAAAGAAAGAUGAUGAUGACCACAAUCAUGAUGGGAUUGCACUGAAACCCCCCUCAGAUGGAGAGAUGGAUCUUGAGGUCAAAGUGUCGAAUGGAUCCAAAGGAAGUAUAAAUCACCUAGACAUCCCUGAUAUGCAGAUAAGAAAACCCAGUACAGCUACAGACAAUGCUUUAGAUGAGUUGGAGGAUACUCAAAGACCAUGUCCUCCCUGCUGGUACAAGUUUGCUGAUAUAUUCCUGAAAUGGGAUUGCUGCAUGCCAUGGGUAAAAUUCAAGAGGUUUGUCUGCUUAAUUGUGAUGGACCCUUUUGUGGAUCUGGGGAUUACCAUCUGCAUUGUACUCAACACGGUGUUCAUGGCAAUGGAGCACUAUCCAAUGACUGAAGAAUUUGAAAACAUGUUGACUGUUGGAAACCUGGUUUUCACAGGUAUCUUCACAGCAGAGAUGGUCCUAAAACUCAUUGCACUGGACCCAUAUUAUUACUUCCAGGUUGGCUGGAACAUAUUUGACAGCAUAAUUGUGACCAUGAGUCUGGUGGAGCUGGGCUUGGCCAAUGUCCAGGGGUUGUCUGUACUGAGGUCCUUCCGUCUGAUGCGUGUGUUCAAACUGGCAAAGUCUUGGCCCACUCUUAACAUGCUGAUAAAGAUCAUUGGUAACUCUGUGGGUGCCCUUGGAAACCUGACCCUCGUCCUAGCAAUUAUUGUCUUUAUCUUUGCUGUGGUGGGCAUGCAGCUUUUCGGAAAGAGCUACAAAGAUUGUGUGUGUAAGAUCUCAGAGGAUUGCGAGCUACCUCGCUGGCACAUGACAGAUUUCUUCCAUUCAUUCCUCAUCAUCUUUCGUGUCUUGUGUGGGGAAUGGAUUGAAACCAUGUGGGAUUGCAUGGAGGUGGCUGGCCAAGGCAUGUGCAUCGUCGUCUUCAUGAUGGUCAUGGUUAUUGGAAACCUGGUGGUGUUGAAUCUCUUCUUGGCUUUGCUGCUCAGCUCCUUCAGUGGGGGCAGCCUGGCAGCAUCUGAUGAUGAGGGGGAGAACAAUCUGCAGAUUGCCAUUUCUAGAAUCACACGAGGCAUUGACUGGGCAAAGGCCUUCGUUAUCAGACAUGCGAGACAGUUGCUGGGCAUGAAGCCAAAAGAAGAAUGCAAGAAAGAAAACGAAGAGGGCAAUAACUUUGACCUGAAAAUGGUGGAAGGUGUGUCAGGGUGGGAUGACAAGGGUCAAUCUGGUGGGGCUGUCGUGUAUUCCAGUAUGGCGGUUAUCAAAGUGCCUAUAGCCAGUGGUGAAUCUGAUGAUGAUGGUGACAGCACUUCUGAGGAUAAAGACAAAGAGGCCAUUGAUGGAAAUAAUUCAAUGAAAGAUGGAGAUGAAUCUUCAACAUGCAGCACAGUGGACAAACCUCCUGAGGUACAAGUGGAAUUAGAGGUUGAAGAGGAUUCCAACAUCCCUGAGGACUGCUAUACAGAAAAUUGCAUCAGGCGAUGUCCUUGCUUGGAUGUUGACAUAACCCAAGGUAAAGGGAAGACAUGGUGGAACUUUCGUAAAACCUGCUAUGCCAUUGUGGAACACAGCUACUUUGAGACCUUUAUCAUCUUAAUGAUCCUCCUCAGUAGUGGAGCUUUGGCAUUUGAGGACAUAUACAUUGAACAACGGAGAAUGAUUAAAAUCAUCCUUGAAUAUGCGGAUCAGGUCUUUACCUAUGUGUUUGUCAUUGAGAUGCUUCUGAAAUGGGUAGCCUAUGGCUUUAAGGUCUAUUUCACAAAUGCAUGGUGUUGGCUGGACUUUCUCAUCGUUGAUGUGUCUCUAAUCAGCUUGACUGCAAAUAUUUUAGGCUACUCUGAACUGGGGGCCAUUAAAUCUCUCAGAACUUUGAGAGCUCUGAGACCUUUAAGGGCUCUCUCCAGAUUUGAAGGAAUGAGGGUGGUGGUAAACGCCCUGGUGGGGGCCAUCCCCUCCAUCUUCAACGUUCUCCUGGUGUGCCUUAUCUUUUGGCUUAUCUUCAGCAUCAUGGGAGUGAAUCUUUUUGCUGGAAAGUACUACUACUGCUUCAACAGAACAUCCGAAGAGAUGUUCCUUCCCUCUGAGGUCAACAAUAAGACUCAGUGCUUCGACCUCAUAGAGGCUGGUCAUGAUGAGGUGCGAUGGAUGAAUCUGAAGGUCAACUUUGACAAUGUAGGCAUGGGCUACCUCUCCUUACUGCAAGUGGCAACUUUUAAAGGAUGGAUGGACAUCAUGUAUGGUGCUGUGGAUUCCCGUGAGAUUGAAAUGCAGCCGGUGUAUGAGGAAAACCUCUAUAUGUACCUUUACUUUGUUAUUUUCAUCAUUUUUGGCUCCUUCUUCACCCUCAACCUAUUCAUUGGUGUCAUCAUUGAUAACUUCAACCAACAGAAGGCAAAGAUAAGAGGUAAAGACAUCUUCAUGACAGAGGAGCAAAAAAAAUACUACAAUGCCAUGAAGAAACUUGGCUCCAAGAAACCACAGAAACCUAUUCCAAGGCCUGUGAACUGCUUUCAAGGCUUCGUAUUUGACCUGGUUACCAAGCAGUUCUUUGACAUCUCCAUUAUGGUGCUGAUCUGCCUGAACAUGGUGACCAUGAUGGUGGAGACAGAUGACCAGAGUGAAGAGAAGGAAAACAUUCUGUACUUUAUCAAUUUUGUCUUCAUUGUGCUCUUCACCGGGGAGUGUGUUCUGAAGCUCACCGCCCUACGGCAUCACUACUUCUCUGUUGGGUGGAACAUAUUUGAUUUUGUAGUGGUCAUUCUUUCAGUCGUAGGUCUUUUGCUGGCAGACCUUAUUGAGAAGUAUUUUGUCUCGCCUACCCUUUUCCGUGUCAUCAGACUGGCCAGAAUUGGCCGUGUUCUGCGGCUCAUUCGGGGCGCGAAAGGUAUCAGGACGUUACUGUUUGCGCUAAUGAUGUCACUUCCAGCCCUUUUCAACAUUGGCCUACUUCUUUUCUUAAUUAUGUUCAUUUUCUCAAUAUUUGGCAUGUCCAACUUUGCUUUUGUAAAAAAAGAAGCAGGCAUUGAUGACAUGUUCAAUUUUGAGACUUUUGGGAACAGUAUCAUAUGCUUGUUCAUGAUCACAACGUCUGCUGGCUGGGAUGGACUUUUGUCACCUAUUCUCAAUAGUCCGCCAGAUUGUGACCCAGAUAUAGAAAACCCGGGCUCAAUGAUCAGAGGCAACUGUGGGAGCCCUGCAGUGGGAAUUGUCUUCUUCUGCAGCUACAUUGUCAUGUCUUUCCUUGUUGUAGUCAAUAUGUACAUAGCCAUUAUUCUUGAGAACUUCAACGUAGCAACAGAAGAGAGCAGUGACCCCUUGUGCGAGGAUGACUUUGAGAUGUUCUAUGAAACCUGGGAAAAAUUUGACCCUGACGCCUCUCAGUUUAUCGAUUACAGUAUGCUGUCUGAAUUCUGUGACACGUUGAAAGAGCCACUGAGAAUCCCAAAACCAAACACACUGAAGUUGAUCACAAUGGACCUUCCCAUGGUCCCUGGAGAUAAGAUCCACUGUCUGGACAUUCUUCUAGCCCUUACUACAGAGGUUCUGGGAGAUUCUGGGCAAAUGGAUGGAAUGAAAGCCACUAUGGAGGAAAAAUUCAUGGCAAACAACCCUUCAAAAGCUUCAUAUGAGCCAAUUACUAGCACUCUAAGACAAAAGCAAGAGGAGGUGGCAGCUUUGACUAUUCAGAGAGCAUUCCGCAAGCACGUGCUUAAACGCUCAAUCAAGCAUGCCUCAUAUAUCUACAGAGAGAAGACAUGCUCAAAGAAAAAUGAUGAGGAGGUUCCAGAGAAAGUAGGCAUGAUAGCUAAGACAAUGAGCCAUCUCUAUGGAGAUCAGGCCAUUGAGGAUGAUGACGACAAUGCUUUCGGAUUCUCUUUCCCUCAACGAGUACAAAAACAGCCCAGGGCUAGGUUUCCCCCAGUCAAGGUUCAGAGUGAAGUGAUCUUGCACUCUGCCCCCUUGCCCAACCAUGACUCCUCAACCAAUGUCGAAGACUUGAAGGAGUCCAUUGUGUAGCAUGUUCCGCCAGUGGUAUAAAAUGAACCGUUAUAAUGCACCAAAAUACUGAGACCCCUCAGGAGACUGUUUGUUCAUCUUCAGAGUUAAAUUCUGGCACACAUAGCCAGUAUGAAAUAACUUAAGAACAGGGAUGGCAAAGAAAUGCAAUCAAUGUAAUGCAAUCGAAGGCUCCUUGCGUACUAGUACUGCCCUUGAGAAGACAAUCACCAACCGUUUGUCAAAUGGCAUUGGAAAUGACUGGGCUGUGAACUUGGUGCCCAAGUACAGAUAUCACUGUGGCAUUUAAUAUUUUUGAUCCACAAAACCUUAGAGAACACUAAAGAAGUGAAUGAUUUGAAUAAGAACUAUAUUUUUGUAAAAGCUAUAAAUUGUAAGCACAACAAUAAUGGUCACUAGUCAUUCAAACAGGACAAGAAAUUUGAUUUAAAGCAUUCACACGGAAUGUAGCCCACACUUACCACCACUUGAACAAAUUCAGAUUGAGAGCCUUAAACUUUUUGUAGCAUCUGACUUUAUUGCAUUUAAUAUUCAACUAUUUGAGAGAGGUAGUUAAUUUUACUUUUAAUUUUACAGAAUUACUUUUCACAGUUCAGUGGGAUGUGUUUCAUAAUUAACAUUUUGUUCUGAUAAUGACUUUGCAGUUUAUAAUAUUUAAACAUUUAACAAUGGCAAAAUUGUCAAUUAAUCAGUAUUUAAUAAAGCAUAUUAGUCUUAAUAGUUCACUUCUUUAUAUAGACCUUACUAACAGUAAUUUAAUGGACUAAAUAAAACAGCAGUAGUGUUGUAAACACUACCUAGUAAGCCUUAAGUCAAAUGAAAGUGUAAACUAUUGUUGGCCAGAAUAAUGCAAACAUGGAUUCUGUAAUGUUAUACUUUGAUUUUUGCCCAAUGAGCCUUUUCCAGCUUAUGGGAUAUACAUGAAAAUUGUUAAUUCCAAGUAUAAAGUCUGUGAAAUCCUUGGCAUAUUGCUGUGGGUUGAAUAGUUUUUAUUUCAUUUUUUACUUUACUUAUUUGUCAUUUAAUAUGAGCCAGAUAUGGGAUAGGGCGAUAUGGUAAAGGAUAGGAUGGAACUUUUAACUAUCCCAUGAAGGAAACUACAAUGCAACAGCCAAUUGCCAUAUACACAAAUAUACAAUAAAAAUAAAAUAGAAUAUAGAAUAUAAAUAACCAAGAAAUGCUAAAUUUGCACAAUAAUAAUAAAAAAAAUAAAAAUAAAAAAAAAUGCAUUUGAACAACACAUAACAGCAUUUAAAAAUUUUGCUGCUAAGAAGCUCUAAUUUCAUAAGGAGUCUUUUCUUUAUUGCUUGUUGUUUUACAUCAUUUUGCAUUGAAAUUGUGAGAAUUAUUUUUAUUUUUGGAGACAAAUUUCAUGUAAUUAAAUAUUUACUGGCUAAAUUUAAAUAUACAGUGUUUAAUUAACCCCCCCCCCCCAGUCAUACUUUGGGGGGGGGGGGGGCAGGCAACCACAAUGUGAACAAAAGAAUGCACAUGGCAGAAUGGUAUUAUUCCAAGAAGCCAGAUGCUUUAUUCUAUUGAAAAAGGAAAGAGUUUUUAUUUUAUUUACUAAAUUAUUUCUUUUCUGCUUCCUAAUAACCCAUGUUUUGUGGUUGCCCUAGUUCAACAUUUGUUGAGUGAUAUGGAUGUUAAGUCUUGUUACAUAAAAUCCAAUUUAUCUAACAAACUGAUGAAAUGCCCAAAGCUUCAAAAUCCAACUAAACAGAAAUAUUAAACAGUAGUGCAAUGAAAGAAAACCCUCAGAAAGAUUAUUUUAGUACUUUAUUGUUACACUUUGUUUACUAAACUUUCAUUGACACCUCUUGCUCCCAGUAUCUGUUACUUUGUCACACCUGCCAAAUGCAUGUUGUGGAUAAUGUUGCAAGCAUUUAAACAACUG